UAGCAUUGACCUUGAUCGAGUAUUAUAGCUAACUGUCUGAACCAAAUGAUUCCAUCAACAAAAUCUGCCUUCGAAAUAUCAGUACGAUUCCGCCAGUCAACCGGCAAACAAGCGAGUGAAAAUGUUGUGUACUAUUCUUAGCUGCCUGGCGGGUUUCCUAGGCGUAGUUUAUCUGUUUCUAACAUGGGAGUUUGAUAAAUGGAAGAAAAUGGGAAUCAACGGCCCAAAACCUCAAGUGCUGUUCGGAAAUGUUCCCAACUUAUUGAAGAGAAAGAGAAACACAUAUUACGACUUGGAGAAAAUUUACAACGACUACAAAAACGAACCCGUGGUUGGCUACUUCAGCUUACGUACCCCACAGUUGAUGAUUCGAGAUCCAGAACUUAUCAAGGAGGUACUAGCGAAAAGCUUUAACCACUUCAAUGCCAACCAAUUCUCCGACCUAGUUGAUGAGAAAUCAGAUCCGUUGUUCGCCCGAAACCCGUUCAAUCUUUCCGGGGAAAAAUGGAAGACAAGACGAGGCGAAAUCACUCCAGCGUUCACAAAUAAUCGCAUAAAAGCCCUUUACACGUUGAUGGACGAGGUAUGCAUUCGAAUGACUGAAUACGUAAACAAGCAAAUCAAAUUGAAUGGAUCGACAUUCGAUAUCAAAGAAUUGAUGGCCAAAUAUACGACCGAUGUCGUGUCCAACUGCAUCUUUGCCAUCGAUGCGCAAUCAUUCACCAAGGAGAAACCUGAAAUCCGAGAAAUGGGACGUCGAAUUAUGGACUUUAGUCUUAUCGCACAGUUCGCACUGGCCGCGUUAACAUUCUUCCCAUCAAUCGUUAAGGUCUACAAAUUCACACUUGUUCCUAAGGAUGUAGAGGAAUUUUUCAUUCGCAUAAUGAGUGAUGCAAUUCGUCAUCGGAAGCAAAACAACAUUGUUCGGAACGACUAUUUGGAUCAUCUUCUCUCGCUGGAAGCAAAGAAAAACAUUUCAGAGCUCGACAUUGCUGGUCACGGUGUUUCGUUCUUUGCGGAUGGAUUUGAAACGUCCAGUCUGGUAAUGAGCUAUUGCUUGUUUGAUUUGGCAUCACAUCCUGAGGCCCAGAACCAUUUAAGGGAAGAAAUCCGCCAUAUUCAAGCUAGUAAGGGAGGCUUGACGUACGAAAAUUUGGGAGAAAUGACCUACCUAGAUCAGGUCCUGAAUGAAUCACUGAGACUCCAUGCCAUUGGCCCAGUGUUGGGGAAAAAUUGCACGCAGGAUAUUGUUUUGAUUGGAUCCAAGGGCAAGAAAAUUCCCGUUACCAAAGGUACAACAGUUACUAUUCCAUUUUUCGUCCAUCUUGACCCGGAACAUUACGAUGAACCGAAAAAGUUCAAACCGGAGCGCUUUGCACCGGAGACCGGAGGCACCAAACCGUACAGAGAGAAAGGAGUUUUCCUUCCGUUCGGAGAAGGACCCAGAAUGUGCCUCGGAAUGCGAUUCGCUCUGGCACAAGCGAAGAGGGGCAUCGUAGAGAUCAUAGACAAAUUCGAACUCACUGUCAAUCCGAAAACAAAGGUUCCAUUUGAAUACGAUCCCAAACUGUUCUUAUUGUAUGUGUCGGGAGGAAUGUGGCUGGACCUAAAGCCUUUGAAUUGGGAGGAGCUUCAAGGUCGUAGCAUUCGCGCCUAUAUUGAUGAUCAACGUCAAGUAACUUCCAGUGAGCCACCUAAUUCUAAGAGUUUGUUACCUGAUUUAACAGCUCAAGUACAACAGCUUUCGGAUGCGGUGGCUGUCCUGAACGAUAAAAUCAUUAAUAUAACGGGAUCAGUAAACCAGCCCGAAUGGCCUAAACCGGACAAUCCCACAUGGCCUAGAAACUCAAAACGCCGUCGUGUGGAUGAAACGACUACCAUUCAAGCCCCAUCCGACCAUGGAACCAGUCAGAUCGAUUUUAAUGAUCUUUCCGUGUCUUCUGUUAGUACCAACGUGGAAAAGUUCUGGUUGUACCUUUCAGGGUUGAACCCGUUAGUCUCGGACAGUGACGUCCAGAAAAUCGUCGCUCGUUGCCUGGAUUUGAAUGAUCCAAUCAACUUAGUACGGCUUGUACCAAAAGGCAAGGAUGUAUCUGGCAUGUCAUUUGUGUCCUAUAAAAUUGGACUGAAUCCUGACAUGAAAACAAAGGCACUGGACCCAUCGUGUUGGCCGGUUGGAUUACUGUUUCGGGAAUUUAUUAACCAGCCAAAAAACUUCGACCGGCGAAUGACUCCCCCCAGCUCGAACAAUAUUCCAGCACUUGAUGACAACGCGUUUCAGCAUGGCGAUAACGAUAAUCAAAUCUGGAUCUAUUACCAAAACGUACGAGGUUUAAGGACAAAGGUUGAUGAUAUUUUCCUGGCUACGCAUGACUGCUGUUACGACGUCAUCAUUCUGACGGAGACUGGACUUGACGACCGAAUAAACUCGUUACAACUGUUUGGAAACUCAUUUAACGUGUUCCGUUGUGAUAGGAGUCCAGGAAAUAGUAACAAAAGGAGUUUUGGCGGUGUUUUGAUCGCCGUUUCACAAGCGCACUCGUGCUCAUUAAUCGAAACUGUGAAUGGUCGUUAUCUAGAACAAGUGUGUGCUAGUGCCACCGUGCGAGGCAGGAAACUGCAGAUCUGUGCUGUGUACAUUCCUCCCGAUAAAAGUCAAGACGUUGGUAUUAUUGAUGCGCACAUUUGUUCUGUAUCGGAGAUAAUCAGUAAAUCAUCACCUAAUGAUAUUGUCUUGGUGUGUGGUGAUUUCAAUCAACCACGCAUUGUGUGGACGGAUGGAAUCGAUGGAAAUAUAAAUUCGGGUUUCUCUCAGCUCACCGCUGCUAGCACCGCUUUGAUCGACGAAAAUAUGUUGUGCACUUUGGCAGGCUGCCUGAUUGGACUCGUGGGAGCGGUGUAUUUGUUUCUUGUUUGGGAAUUCAACCGAUGGAAAAAGUUAGGCAUCAAAGGACCUAAGCCAAAAGUUCUGUUUGGAAAUGUUCCGAGUAUGCUAACACAAAAACGGCAUGCGUACUAUGAUUUGGAGAAAAUUUACAAAGACUUCAAGAAUGAGCCGGUGGUCGGUUAUUUCAGCAUUCGCGCCCCACAGCUGCUGAUCCGUGAUCCAGAUCUGAUCAAGGAAGUUCUCUCGAAGAACUUCCAUCAUUUUGCCGCAAACACAUUUUCCGAUCUGGUGGACGAAAAAUCGGAUCCAUUGUUUGCUCGUAAUCCUUUCAUGCUGGUGGGAGAGAAAUGGAAGACUCGACGUGCGGAAAUUACUCCAGCAUUCACAAACAAUCGGAUAAAAGCACUUUAUGCGUCCAUGGAUGAAGUGAGCACUCGAAUGACUGAAUAUGUGAACGAACAACGUAAAGAAAAUGGCUCUGCUUUCGACAUAAAAGAGUUGAUGUCUAAAUACACGACGGAUGUUGUAUCCAACUGUAUCUUCGCGAUCGAUGCACAAUCAUUCUCCAAAGAGAAGCCUGAGAUUCGAGAAAUGGGUCGUCGAAUUAUGGAGUUCAAUUUUGUCGCACGCAUUGCAACGGCUGCUAUCACAUUCUUUCCUUCCAUCAAACAUUUCUACAAAUUUUCUUUUGCUCCCAAGGAUGUUGAAGAAUUUUUCAUUCGUAUAAUGCAGGAUGCCAUUCGACAUCGCAAAAAGAACAAGAUAGAUCGCAACGACUAUUUGGAUCAUCUUCUGUCACUGGAAGAGAAGAAACAAAUCUCCGAAAUUGACAUUGCUGGUCACGGUGUCUCAUUCUUUGCCGAUGGCUUUGAAACAUCCAGUUUGGUUAUGACCAACUGCCUGUUUGACAUAGCGUCGCAUCCGGACGUGCAGAAGCGGCUGAGAGACGAAAUCCGUCACUUUCAAGCAAACAAAGGAGGUGUAAUCUAUGACAACCUGGGAGAAAUGAGCUACCUCGAUCAAGUACUGAAUGAGUCACUCCGAAUUCAUCCUGUUAUUCCUACUCUAGCUAAGCAAUGCACGAAAGAUAUUGUGCUGGAAGGUCCAAAGGGCAAAAAAAUUCCCGUAACAAAAGGCACAACCGUUGCUAUACCAUAUUUUGUUCAGUUGGAUUCCAAGUAUUACGACGAAGCUGAAAAAUUCAAGCCAGAACGUUUUGCACCGGAGACCGGCGGAACCAAACCGUACAGAGAAAUGGGAGUAUAUUUUCCAUUCGGAGAAGGACCCAGGAUGUGUUUGGGAAUGCGUUUUGCUAUAGCACAGGUGAAAAGAGGCAUCGUUGAAAUCAUAGACAAGUUUGAAAUUGCCGUAAAUUCAAAAACGAAAAUCCCGCUUGUGUAUGAUCCAAAACCAUUCAUGCUUUACCCUGUUGAUGGGAUUUGGUUGGAUCUAAAGGCAAUCAAUUAAAGGACAAUAAAAUUGACAAAACUAUAAACUAAUUCAAAACAUUUUCCACGAGUGAAGUAUACGAUACCGUUUUGAUUGAUUAUUUUCAACAAAUUUUAACUAAGAGCGAAGGAAAUGAAAUUCAUCGAAUAAUAUUAAAAUUUAAAAUUUUCUAUACGUUGGAAAUAAGGGACCAACAACCGUUCACCACGUUCUUACAAAACAUUCAGCCUCUUCCUUUUACAAAAACUUUCCAACUAUAUCGAAUGACAUAUUUUUCACGCGAUUACCCCAAAUGUAAAAAUUGCUUUUUAUUCACAAGUCGUUUGAAUCACAUAUAAAUUCAAUCGGAAUAAAACAAAAAUGAAGUUGCGAUUUUAACAUCAAAACUAAAAGUUGGCGUGAUGUGAAUGUAGUUGUGAUGGCCGUACUCAUUUAAAAUUUUAUUCAAAUUUUACAUACAACUCAUAUGCGAGCCUGUUUUUCUGAUAUCUGUGAUUCUACUUUUUCAUUCUGCUUCAGAGGGCCAAACUACGAAUUUGAGUCACAAAGCAUGGUAAAAGUAUGUUGCGAAGAAUCGAUACAGUUUUGUUUUAUUCUUAAAAAGUAUGAUAGCAAACGGGUAAUGGUAAGAAUAUAAUCGAAUUGAAGUGAAAUACAAUAAGAGCAAGUCCAUCCAUAUUCAACCUAUUAA